AUUAUUUACGUCGUCCACUUUUAGGGUCUUUCACUAGUAUGGAGCAACGGGAUAUGAGUAUCACCACAAGAGCAUCAGAAUGGCAGAAGAUAUGAAGAACUCACCUGUUGUCAUUAAGUUAUACAGCAAGCCAGAAGUGCCUCAAGUUGUUAUUGAUAUUAAUGAACUUCCUGAUGGAGAGGAUAACUGUGGUGUUGAAACUAAGAAUUCCUUAAAUGAUUUUGAAGCAGAUAAUGACCUAAGAGUUAGAAAAGGCAAAAGGAUCUAUGUCAAAAAAGUGAAAAAAAAAUACCAGAGACGUACAGUCAUGGAACAAACAGAAGCCACAGGUAUGAAUAGAUCUUGUAGAUGUGCCAGUAGAACACCAGAGCCAAAAUUGGUUAGCCCUAGAAAAAUCACUUUGUCAGCAAAACAGGUAAUUAAGGAACCAGGCUCUUCACAGAAAUCACGAACUUCAAAAAAAACCUUAGUCAAAAGGGUAAGCAUAGGGAUUCAGUGUGAUAGUAGUGAACUAGAGCCAGUAACUAUCAAUGCCACUCAAUCCCCGCCAAUAAAGUAUGCACGUAAAUUGUUUGUCCUUCAUAAUGACUCUUUUGAUCUUCCAUAUGUGACACCCAAGAAACCUUCAGUCUCAAAAUAUUACAAAGCUUUGAAAAGAGCCAGUGCUUCAAGUAGAGGCACUGAAAGUCAGAAAAAGGAUAAAAUCAGAAAUGAAGAAUUUUCUCCUAACACCAAGAUGGGGGAAAUGCCUGAGAUGACAAAGGAAAGUGACUCUUUUGUGGGGUUUAAUGAAAAGAAGGGAUUUAAUAUGGAUAGAUUUCUUAAUUCAGAAAGGACAAUGAAUAAAAGCUCAUAUAUUCUGUCUUCCUCCUUGAAAAGCUGUAGAACUACUCCAUCACAACCAUUCUUAUCACAUGAAUUGCAACCAGAAUUACUACCAUCCAUUGUGGUUGAAGAUAUGGAGGAUCAGGAUUUUACUCUGGAAAUCGCAACCUCAUUACAGGGUGCUGCAGAACCUGAUUAUGAUUUUCCGUCUGCAGCCAGUGCUAAGCUUGAGAAUCUUCCUAGCUGUAAAAUCAUUACUUUGAUGAAUAAUUCUCCUUCUCAAGACUCUUUUGAUGAUAAUGUUUCCCAAGAAUGUCAGUCACCCGCAUCAACAUCAAGAACAAGUAGUAGUCAAGGAUCUGAGGGCUUAACUUUUAGUGAAACAGAAGCAGCUCAAAUUAUGCUCCAACUUUUUUAUAGCGGAAACAUUACAAGUGUAGAAAAAAAUGAAUUGCAUAAAUCUGAUACUGGAGAUCUAGGUAGUGAAACUCAGUCCAUAGUUUUGGGAGAUGGAAAUGAAAGCCCAGAAGAACAAGCAAAAACUAUUGAAACUGUAAUAGCUGAAAGUAAUGUAAGCUGUAAUUCUUUUCUAAAUCAAGAAAGAGUUAAAGAUAUUCAUCCUUCUAAGGGAACUGAAGUCACAGAGAGCAUUUCAAGAAAUACGACUCCCAACAAUCAAGAGAUUAUAGGCACCCAAAACAUAGACAGCCCACCAAAGGCAAGGCGCAGGGGUCGACCACCCAAAAAUCGAAGUAAAUUAGCACAGGCUCAAGGGUUUAAUGAAAUUGUUCAUGACAAAAGAAUUACCCUCACAAGAGGCCAGCAGAAAAUGUUAAGAAGUCAAAGGAGCUACAAGUGUAGAGUAACUAAUGGAACUACUUCAAGCCAGAUACUAAAAAAUAGUGUAGCUAAGAAAUUCGGUAACAAAUUUCAGGCUGGAAUGCCAGCUAGUGUGAGGCGAAGCAAAAGAUUUCAAGGUUUAUCUGGAGCUUUAUCAAAAUCAACAAAAAAGUUGGAGGAAAGUCAAGUGUUAAAGAUUAAAAGGAAACCAGGAAGAAGACCAUGCAGAGCAUAUCAAAUUAUGGAUAAACCAAAGCAUAGUGAGAAUAAGGAAAAUAAUAUUCAGGAGUUUGAGUUUACUGAAGAUUUUAAUGAAAGGAAUGAUCAGUCUUGUAAUUCAGAAGAUAUGCCUGUUAUUGAGUCAAGAGAUUCAAAUGUUGAAAGUACUUCAGCUUUCAAAGAUAAAAUAGAAGUGAAUAACAGAUCAGGCAAGAAAGAUGGCAUGGAAGUUUGCUUUGCAGAUGGCUUCAGUUACCCAUUUGAACAAAACAUGUUGUUCAAUGCUCUUGGCUUAGUCGAGAGGCAUAGUCCAAGCAUCUGUAAGCCCCAUGACGUUUCUUCCUCCCAUAUUGCUCACAGAACAAGAAAUGUAACGUCUAAUUUCAAAAGAAUGCGAGAGUGUCAAGUAGUGCUAGAAGACUGCGACGAGGUGAUGAAAAACAAAAUGUGCUUAGAGCAUGAUAUACCUAAGUGUGAUCAGGUUGAAAAAAGAAAAUCAAGUCCAGUGAAGGAAACGCAAACCUCAUACGCACAUCUUUUUAGUCCGGUUCUUGACUUCAAUUUUGAAGGUUUUCUCUCCACAGAUAUAGAUAUUAGUGAUGACUUUUGUAUGUCCGAUUUAGAAUUUGGUGAAGAACUAAGAUAUUCAACAGAUAAUCCGGGAAGUCUAGUUCAAACAGCAAAAAGAAAAGAUGGUAACUGUGAGACUCAUGACUCAGUGCCUCAUAAUAUAAAUAUCCAAGAACUCACAAAAAUACAAAAUGAAGUAGUAGAUGCCAAUAUGCUCCAUUCUGAAGCAGAUAGUCAACAAGUUGUAAGUGAAAAGGAAACUGAAAUUAAUGAACUGAAGAAGGGAGAUAUAUCACAGAAAAGAGCUAAUGAAUGUAACCCUGAAGAGAUCAGUGAACCUACUCUGCUAAUCAGUCAUACAAGAGAAACAAGUUCUACCAAUGAUAAUUCUCUCCCAGGUUUGAAUAAAGACCCAAUUAAAAGAAGGAGGUUCACCACUAAUAAACAUGACGUAAUCAAGAAUAAGUGUCUUAUAUGUGGGAAGUCAUGUUUUACAAAAGCAAAAUUGAAAAGACAUUGUGCCAAACACCAUGAGAAUAAAAAUCAGUUGAUGGUACAAGCUGAAAUUUCAUGUGAUAGCAGUUCAUUAUCAGAAAUCAGUGGAAAAGAAUGUUAUGAAGUAGAAACUCCCAGGUUGAUACUUCAUAGCCCAGAACUCAUAACAGCAUCAGAACAAGGAGAGAAUUCUGAAGACCUAACCAGAUGUGAAAGUUGGAAGAAAAGUGAUGAUGAUGUUACGGAUAUUAAUUUAGAUCCUAAAGGUAAAAAGGAUUUUUGCUCACAGCAUGUGCACACAGAAAAAAUUACAAAAGAAAAUGCAAGAACAGAUAAUUUGAAUUCAGUUUCUGAUAUCAGCAUUUGCAAAACAAUCCACACAGACAUGAAUCCCUUAAAAGAGCAAACUUUGGUGACUGAAGAUCAUUCUUUAAUUGAACCACUUGUUACAAAUAGUAGGAAAGAAAUUGUCAGAGGUUCAGACAGUAAACUAAGGACUUUAACUUCAGAGAUGACCAAUGAUAAUGCAGAAUUCCUCACUCCAAAGAAACUACCAAAAAGAAAGUUGAGAAAUACUGUUAAAGAUAAUCAGUCUCUUAAUAAACACUUAAGAGUAUUACCACAACACAUCAAUAACAAAGAAGAAACUAUAUUGAAAGGCAAAGAGGAUGUGAAACUAAAGAUAAUAUGCAUCAGGUUCGUCACAGUUAUGAAGCAACCAGGAGAAAGAGCAAUAGUAUUCAACCAGAAAGCAUCAAAAAGGAAGUCAAAGUAGGGUCAGGACAAAAAGUACAUAAUGAAGAAGAGCAGGCCUUUCACUGUCGUAAGAAACACGAGAUCAUCAAAAUCAAUGGAAAGAGGUGGUAUCCGUGUAAUAUAUGUGACCAUAAGUUUUCUAGCUCUUCA